AUGGGCGCCAGGCUCCUCUACUGGGUUGCACUUUGUCUCCUGGGAGCAGGCACUGUGGAUCCUGAGGUCAUGCAAACUCCUAAACAUCUGAUCAAAGCAAGAAGUCAGACAGUGACCCUAAGUUGCUCCUAUGAAUCUGGACAUUUGUCUGUUUUCUGGUACCAACAGACUGUGGGCCAGGGACUCAAGUUUCUCAUUCAAUAUUACAAUGGGGAAGUGAGAGAUAAAGGUGACAUUCCUGAUCACUUCUCCGUUGAGCAGUUCAAGAACUCCAGUUCAAAACUGAGCAUGAAGUCUACAGAAGUGAAUGAGUCUGCCCUGUACCUCUGUGCCAGCAGCCUCACAGCCCUGCCUGCUCAGGAGCCUCCUACACAAAAACUCUCUCUCCCGGCUCAGGAAGUAGUAGAGGGGACAGCUGGUGAAGCCAAGGUAAGUAAACAAACAUACAGCCAGGCAAAGGAGGAGAGGGUGCAUGAAGCAGGCCUUGUGGAUUCUGCGAUCAUUCAAAUGCCCAAACAUCUGCUCAAAGCAAAAAGUCAGGCAGUGAAUCUGAUACUGAUAUCUGGUAUCAACCUGAUACCAGGCAGAGAUGGGCUCAUCCAGGAGAGUGAGGCAGAGGAAGAGCUUCUUCCUGGUCAGCUUUAUCUGGAUCCUAUUUCUCUGCCCUGUCACCUUUUGAGAACCCUGGGCAUGAGUGGGACCUACUGGCAUCUUCCCCUUUCUCCUUUUUAG